UAAGAACUAAAGACGAAUUAUUCCACCUGAGCUGGUUCUGAUGAUUCAAGUGUAGAUAUUGUCAGAUGUUGUGCCAUACCAAGGAAAGAAGAUGGCGCUCGGAAGGUUGAUUGCGACUGCCUCUCUUUUACUCGUAACCGUAGCUUAUAUUUCAGGUUCCCAGUAUUACUACAGAAGACAGCCGGAGAAAGAUGAUGAUAAGAACAGAAAGAUGACGCCCUGCUCUGCUACCGACGGUGUUACCAAAUUUGGGUUACCCACUAAAGCGGGCGACGUCUCCUCUGGGGGUAGAGUUUCCGGUCUAGGCGUCAGCAGAAGGCAUUCUGGUUACAUAUAUGCUAUCACCGACGUGGGCGCAGCGAAUGUCGUGAGAGUAUUGAACAUUAAGGGGGUAGUUGUUGGGGACAUAACCAUUUCCAAUGCCGCCAACGCCAAUUGGGAGGACGCUGCAGUCGGUAACUGCGUCUUUGACACCUCGAAGACAUGUCUGUACAUUUUGGAUGCUGGUACAGUCACCCCAGCCAACGUCAUCUACAUAGUGGAGGAGCCGGAUGUUAUCACUGGGACACAGGUGGUCAAUUAUGACAUGGUGAUUACUUUCGGUGGUUGGAAUGCUGGCGGCUUCUGCACGGAGACGUUGUUUGUUGAUCCAGACGCCAACAUGUACCUCUUCAGCAUCGAGCCCCAAGGGGUCGACAUCGAAUUGUACAAAGUCGUCAAUGAUGGUGGUAUCUGGGGCACACAGAUACAGACAACAAUUACCCUUCCUUCCACCACCACAGGUCCGGAUGGUGCCGAUCUAUCCCCGAGCGGGAAGGAACUCCUCGUCCUCUUUCACGACACCGUCUACCACUUCCUUGUCGAAAACAACAACGUAAAGGCGGCGUUGGCGAACGCCGCAAAUAUCCUCCCCUACGUGCCCGAUCCCAGUGGAACCGGUAUCGCUUGGGCUUCGGAUGAAUGUGGGUAUUAUACGUCCACUGAGGAAGAUAACCCUGUUCUUCGAUUCAGUGACAGAAAUGGUGCUGAUGCCUCGCAAGCUGCACGGUUCAACUACGGCAAGGUUGUUGGACAGAUGGACUAUAUUGCGUCGGGUAGUGUGACGGGACUCGCCUUCAGCAAAAACAACCCCGAUUUCAUCUAUGCUGUCAUCACUGGGGCCAGUGCAUCAACGGCAAUCUUUGUCAUCCAGGCUUCCAAUGGCUUCCACGUCAGCACGUUUGUUUUGAGCUCCGUCACUAACACUGACUGGCAGGACAUCGCCGUGGGGCCAAAGACGUCAGGGGGACAGAACUACAUCUACAUUCUGGACGGAGGAGCUGCUAACGGUGGCCCAGCUCGAGCCAUCAUCACCCUGCCGGAACCCGACAACGUCUACCUCUCCGAGGUCAUCGACAUCAACCCAGCUGACAUAUUCCUUUACGACAUGGCGGUGGGCGAGAGCCAUGCUCUCACUGUGACCAGCAGCGGUCGUAUCUUCAUCACCAACUACCAGGAUACCUACGAUGAGGCUGUGACGUUGUACCAGCUAGUUGAAGUGGGCGCUCCAAGCCGACUGCCUGUCCCAAUUGGCUCCUUCCCCCAUAAAUCUUCCCAGGACGGCCCCGAGGGGCUAGACGUCGCUUCAGACGACAGUUUCCUCCUCCUGAAGAAUAGCGACAGCGUCUUGUUUUUUCCGGUCACCGACCACGCCUUUGCCAACGCCAUCACAAGCUGCGACGCCAUUCGCCUCCCCUACGUCGCUGAGAUGAAUGGAUAUUCUGUUGCCAUAGCCCCAGAUAAAAACAGCUACUAUACCCUAAGUAAUGCGCAGCCAAAAAAGCUGAAGCGAUAUGAUGCCAUUGCAGAGUGUCCAAAACCGCUCCAGCGACCUCGCGACAUACCACGCUACCGGCUACCUUACCGAGUACCUUCCCAACCGCGGUAUCCUACUGGCUACUAAUCACAUGAACCACCACGUGACCAACCACGAUACGUGUGAAAUGGUUCUGCUCUUGCAUUUGAAUAAAUGUCAAAUUACUUAG